UUUCGCAGGCCCGAAAUCAUCGAUUACCUGGAUCGUUUUCUCUAUGGCAAGCUGCCUCACACGACAAACCGAUUAGAAACCAUCGAAUUCGAGAACGGAACCGAAUUGAUGGAAUUGUGCUGCAAGCUUCCCAAGGAGUGGACCGUCAUUCAACUGUGCAAGGCAGUAAGCCCUGAAAUAUUUCGACAGAGCCGUGACGAGUUACUGGCAGAACCUCGUGUCAUAUUUAUGACCCUGAUUUGCUAUCCAAUGUCUGAGCGAUUCGAUCAUCAGCCAAUUAAAAUCGCCUUGAACCAGAAAGAUUUAAAAGAGUUGUACGAAUCAGCGCACGAUCUUAUUACGAAAAUAAACGACAAUUUGAACGACCGAAAUAGUAGGAUAAGCGAAAUGGAAUUUUACGAGGUGACCAGUGACCAUGAACCAUUUGAUAAAACAAUUCGCCUGUUGAAACUGAUCAUCGAGUGACGACACUGCAGUCAUUGAGAAGCUCGAUCUAUUUUUGGCGCAGAGUCAACACCGAUUUUCUAAGCGACAACAGAUGCUAAUUUGCUUGAUUACCCGUCGUAUCUGUAUGUUGACUAAGGAGAAUGUAAAGGACGCUGCGCUGUUCAUUUCCAAAACCAAUUACGAAUACUGGGAUCUGUUGGUUUUCUUUGGGGACUUGCAAUUGGCGUCAUCUCGUUCACAGCACAUCGACUUCAUGUUCUGGGAAAUGUGUAAUGUAAACCAAGAAUUUACACGUGUUGAUUCCAUGGUAACUUUGUUGAAAUUAUUUUUCCAACAUCAAGGCAACGUCUCUGAAGGUUAUUUCAAUGUGAAAGGAAAGAAGGCUAGUGCCAUUCUCAAUGCAGAUGGUACGUUGCCCGGGUUUUCAACGAUGAUUCGGCCAUUUAUGGAAACUUUACCAAAUGUCACCUGCAAUUUAUUGGUCGAAAAAAAACCAGUAUUUUCGGAUCUCAAAUCGAUGCUUGCCGAUUCGGAUGUUCAUGUCUACUGUGUUCAUGGAAGCGGUCUUCAGUUUGUAUCUUCCUACGAGACGUGUCAACUAUCCACCAACGCUGUUGUGUUUUUAAUGGGAUGCUCUUCGGUUGCACUUAGAUCUCCCUGCGGAUACAGUUUAGCGACGGCGCCAUAUCACUACUAUCAUAUUGCGAAAAGUCCAGCGGCUAUUUAGCAAUGACAUACACAAUCUACAAUUCGAUAUUGUUAAGUUUGAUGUUGGGAAAGUCAUUUUCAAACGUUUCACAAUUAAGGGAUGAUUUAGUUGAUUUGUCGAAUCCAUACCACCGAAGAUUUGCAAACAUUUUAAAGCAAAGUCUAACAGGCACAACAAGCGAUGAACGAGCGAUGAACGAGCGAUCAAAUAUUCACCAUUCUUGUCCAACGUUAUUUCACAGUUGAGACAGAGAUGCGACAUUCCGAUAUGUUUCCGUGCCAUUCUUAGUCAUCGCGGUUUAAUAGUUUGAAUGGGGCAAUGAAAAAUUGCAAUACGAUAGAUGUCACAUCAAAAUGUUAAUAAACGUGUUAU